CUGAGCUGGCGAAAAUCCGCCGUAGAAGAAAAAGGCGGAAGUUACACGUGGAAGACGUCAAGGGUAAAUUAGCAAAGCUUUGCGUGGAGCUCAAAGGUAACAUUAAAAAUGUUGAAAGAGUUGGUGAAUGAGCGAAUGAUGGCGGCAGCCGAUGAAAUAUUCGCGCUGUUUGAGAAAACGAUAGCAUUGUACGAAAAGGAACUUUCUCGAACAAGAGAGGAGGAGAAGCGACAUCGACAACAACUAGAAGCUGUUAGCAAGACUCACAUUGUGCUGCACGUUAAUGAUGGCCAGCAGCUGAUUGCUCGUCAUGAAGAAUGUCCAACUCAUCUGCAAGGGAGAAGCUCCAUUUUGGAGCUGGGGGAUCCACAGCCCUCCCACAUUAAAGAGGAAGAGGAAGAGGACGUCGACCGGAUCACUGAGGAAGGCGAGUUUCUUCAAGGGCAGACGGAGGUCAAGUUGUCACUGACUGGUGUCUCUGUGAAGACUGACCACCAUGUAGAGAAACCACAAGCAGAUGUCUUAGCUCCACUAUCAGACAGUGGUGUGGCCAGAGACGACACCCAAGCACCUUUGAGCAGUGAUACCGAUUGUGAGGGUGAUGUAAAGAUUCAGACUGAUAACAAACACUCUACAUACCUGGAAAAGAAGACCGGUAAAAAACAUUUUACCUGCUCAAUUUGUGAUGAAAACCUUUCCAAUAAGAGUCAUUUGAAUGAACACAUGCUGACACACAGAGGCCGAAAACCUUGGCGUUGUACAGUUUGUGGCAAAAUACGGUCUAAAAAGUCAAAUGUGGCGUUACACAUAAGAACGCACACAGGAGAAAAACCUUUUCGUUGUUCAGUUUGUGGCCUGAGAUUCUCUCAAAAGUCAAAUAUGGUAGCACACAUGAGAACGCACACUGGGGAGAAACCUUUUACAUGUUUAUAUUGUGGUGAAAGAUUCUCUAAGAAGUCUAAUACGGUCAAGCAUGUGAGAACGCACACAGGAGAAAAGCCAUACAAAUGUGCCUUUUGUGCCAAAACGUUCUCUCGGCAGGACACCUUAAUGGCACACAUGGGGACGCACAAUAGAGAAAAAGCUUUUAGAUUGUGAUGGACAAUUUUCUCGAAAGUCAAACAUGCAGGAGAAACCACAUUUUCUCCAUUACUUUGUACUAAAACAUUACAUUGUACUAAAACAUUCGCUCUGCACGACAAUUUGAUGGCGCACAUGCGGACACACAACGGAUAAUAUACAGUUUAUUGUCCAGUUUGUGAUGAAGAGAUUGUCACGUCAUUUAAGUGUCACGCAACCUCGAAACUGAUGGUUCGCUGUAUGAUACCCGAUUUCUUAAUCAUUUCCAAGUCAGCUCUUUAAAUUAAAUCUUGUUGUUAUUACCCAGCUUGUUUUCUUAAUAAAAUGGCGGAUGGUUUGCUGCAUCGCAUAUUAUGUUUUAUUGAAUGCGCUGUCAGAAAUUAACUACAAACAUUUCUGAGGCUUUAAUUAGUCUCUUAGUCUGAAUUGAUUUUGAAAUAAUGUGAUGCACCCUAUUCAGAUUUAUUGUAAUGCAUCUGCACAUGGUAUUUUAUGCAGAUUUGAUUUACUACAGUUUCGAAUAAUUGUAAAAACCUUAAUAAAAGUGGUAUAAGAAAAUAAAACACUGUACUUUAAUCAAGUGAUUAUUUGGCGUACUUCUAUGGAGCCUGUGUACCACUUGUGGUACAAGUACCACAGUUUCUUAAAAUAAGUAUUACAUACUGUGGACAUUUCUACUUACCAAUAAUGUAAAUGCGACCCCUUUUCAGAAUCACUUGUUGCCCACAUACUAAGUUUAAUUUCAGUUCUUAUAUUUUAUAUGGACAAUGUAUAACACACCGGACACCACCAGGGUGCGUUCAAAACGCCCUCCAUCCAUCCAUUUUCUACCGCUUAUUCCCUUUUAGGGUCUCGGGGGGCGCAGGCGCCUAUCUCAGCUACAAUCGGGUGGAAGGCGGUGUACACCCUGGACAAGUCGCCAUCUCAUCACAGGCGUUCAAAAUGGCCAGGCAAUUUGAUUUAACCACUGAGUUUUUUUAAAAUCCAUUCCUAAAAGACAAUAUCAUAUUUUUGAAAGGGUUGGUGACUUAUGGUUGGAACUGAUACAUUUUUUUUUUCAUAAAAUUUUUAUUGACAUCCAGCAUCUGACAUUCCUCCUAUCCAUUACAUCAUGUUAACAUACAUUUUAAUUUCCCUGAAAGAAUCAAUAAAGUUCUAUCUAUCUAUCUA